ACAGGGGCAGACGUAGCGCAUACAAAUGUCUUGUGAAAAGCAAUAAUUGUGGUGGUGAAUUCAGUCUAUAGUAAACACAGUACUUGAGGACUCCAUAGAAAGGCCUCUACCAUGGGUGAACCACAGCAAGUGAGUGCCCUGCCUCCCCCUCCCAUGCAGUACAUCAAGGAGUACACGGACGAGAACAUCCGCAAGGGGCUCGCCCCCAAACCCCCUCCUCCCAUCCGAGACACCUACAUGAUGUUCGGCAACCAGUUCCAGUGUGACGACCUGAUCAUCAGACCGCUGGAGAGCCAGGGCAUCGAGCGGCUCCACCCCAUGCAGUUCCACCACAAACGGGAGCUCAAGAAGCUCAACAUGUCCAUCCUGGUGAAUUUCUUGGAUCUCCUGGACAUCUUGAUCAAGAGCCCUGGCAGUAUAAAGAGAGAGGAGAAGCUGGAGGACCUGAAGCUGUUGUUUGUCCAUAUGCACCAUCUGAUCAAUGAGUACCGUCCGCACCAGGCCAGAGAGACCCUGAGGGUGAUGAUGGAAGUGCAGAAGAGACAGCGCCUAGAGACGGCAGAGAGGUUCCAGAAACAUCUGGAGAGGGUGGUAGAGAUGAUCCAGGGGUGCCUGGCCUCCCUGCCCCACGACCUGCCCCAGACUGAGGGCUCGAGUGGGGCAGGGGAUGGGGCGAGGGGUGGUGGGGCGUUGGGGUUGGCCGCCAGGCUAAAGACUGAACCCAUGGACGUGGAGGAGUCUGGGGCUAGCUGUAUGGCUGUUGGGCCACAACAGGACAAAAGCACGGGUGGUGCUGCUAAGAAAGACAGAGUAUGGGACAAGGAUGCAGCCAUGUGUAGUAUUAUCGAUGAGAUUGCCUGAGUUUUGUAUUUAGAGCUGGGGUCUCUACAGCAGGGUGCAAUGAUGAAGAACGUUCAGAUAGAAAUGUGUUCUGUAGAACAAUGAUUGUCUGUUGGUCUCGGUUGAAUUGUUUUGUAUGCUUAAUGUAGUUAUGAUCACAUACGCUGUCUGCAGUUUUAUAGUAUUUUUCUUAAGUCAAAGCUUUACUGAAACGAUGUGUCAUGGACUAUGAAGACACACCUUCCUUGAGUUGAGACAUUUGGGAUAUCAUUGGGGUUUGAAUGCUGCUAAAUUCAUAAUUUCAUAAAUAAGUUUUAAUAAAGCAAUUUCCAAGUCCUGUAACAUAAUUUAUUAAUUUUCACUAUCAUGGUUUGGAUUGACUGUUGAAUUAAAGAAAUAAUUAGGCCUAC